AUGUCGAAAUCAAUUCUCCGACAGGCCAAGAUCACGCCUCACCUGUCCUCAACCAGGGGUCACAACUCACUAGGAUGGCUGGACACUUACCACAGCUUCUCCUUUGCCCACUGGCAUGAUCCCCGGUUUACGCACUUUGGGUCCCUACGGGUCCUGAACGAAGACAGAGUCCAGCCCAACAGUGGAUUCCCCACGCACCCUCACCGGGACUUUGAAAUCUUCAGCUACAUCCUGUCCGGAGAGUUGACCCAUCGAGACUCUAUGCUCACCAAGGGCAAAGAAGGGGGCCAAUCAGACAAAUUCUUUCGCAUGCACCGUGGAGAUGUGCAGUUUACCACAGGCGGCACGGGCAUAGCCCACUCCGAAUUCAACGAGCACAACAAGGACACGGUCCACUUCCUGCAGAUCUGGGCGAUUCCUUGGAAGAGGGGACUGACCCCACGAUAUCACACCCGUCACUUCUCGGACGAGGACAAGAGGAAGGACUUUGUAAAGAUCCUCAGCCCCCUCAAGGCAGGCGAGGAUGCUACCGCGCAGGAAGAAGCCGAAGCCGAGCCAACCAUCCCCAACACCAUUCCCAUUCACGCGGAUUUUGUCAUGGGUGCCGGCAUCAUCGCGCCGGAGGGCAAAUUUGAGUGGACGGUUGGAGGUGGCGCUGCCCAAAAGAACCAGCGGAAGGUCUUUAUCCACCUGCCGAUGCUCAAAGGUGGAAAGGCCAGGAUUCGGCUCGACGGCCGAGAGGACGCGGAACUCUCUGAGGGUGAUGGCGCCUUUGUCGAGGGAGUCUACAUUGGAGACCGACUGAUAGUGGAGAGCAUUGGAGAGGAAGAAGCCGAGGUGAUUGUGCUAGACACCGCUUGA